AUGUUUCUGCCAUAUUCAUAUACAGCGCUUUGUCGGGAAAAUCAGAAAAAUCGUGCGAAAAGAUUGUGGCAAAGAAGCAAAGCAUAUUCUGCACUCGAAACUCGUGCUGAAGGAGAGUUUCAGGAGAGGAGGAACAUCAUGUGGAAUGGUUCAAGAUCUGGUCCACGAGGAGGGAUGCCUUUUCGUGGAGAACCCCAUGGAGGCAUGUUUGAUGGCAGAGAUGGACCGAGACCUGUCUUUAGAGGUCGAGAUGGGAUGAACAUGGACAGACCACCCAUGGACAUGAGGCCGUUUGACUGCCCACCAGACAUGAGGGGACGAGACAUGGGUUUUCUUGACAGAGGAAGAGAGCAACCCCGGGACUUCUUCAGGCCUGGAGAUGAAAUGGACAUGAAUUUCAGAAGACGCUUUGAAAUGGAUCAGAGGAACAACCUCCAGAGCUCUCCAGGAUUUAUGGGGCAGUCAAGGUCCCCCAUGGAUAUGGGCAGAAGAGACAUGCAUGCUGGUAAUAUGAGAGGCCAGGAUGAGGGAUUCAUGAAUAUGAGGGAGAGGUUUCAAAUGGACACUCCUGGGAUCCCCCCUGUGGAUAUUCGAAGAAGGCUGGCCAUGGUUGCUAUGGGUGGAAAUGACAAUUUUGGGGACUUCAGAGAGAGGGAGAGGUCACGGAUGGGCGGCAUAGAUGGAUUCAACAUGGACGUGCCUUCCAGAGAUAGACCAAUGAUGGACUUUGAGAGACGUGGAACUGGUCCUUCACUUCCAAGGGGAAGGUUUGAAUCCGAUAUGGAUAUGAGAAAUGGAAUGGGAGCCUCUGGCGAUUUUAGAGACCAUCCACCUCAGAUAUUUGGAGACAAUGAUGGCAUGCCCAUGGAUGUCAGGGGAAGACCUAAUAUGCCCUUAGAUCAUGGGGGCCCAGAAUCUAUGACUAGAGCCGAAGAGCCAACCAUCAGAGACCGAGAAUUCCCAAAGCCGAUAGGAGAUCCCUUGGGCCUUAGAGGGAGAGAAAGCAAUUCAUCCUCGGAAGAAUGGCGCAGACACGGUAUGAGAGACCAAGACUCUCUUCCAUCAAUGAGCAGAACGUCACCGCAUAUCCCCAGAGAGGUUCAAGAGAUGUUUUUACCUAGCCAUGGAAAAGAUGGAGAACGUUCUCAGUUCAGAGACAGGCAGUCUGGUGGUUUUCAGGAAAAAGACAAAAGCAGUUUUCCUCGCUCAGAAAGAGACUCCAAAUCCCAAAACUGGGACAGAAAUGUUCCUGGUGAUUUCGCAGGCAGAGCUCCAACUCAUGCCAGUCAGAAGCCUCCCGUUCUUCCAUUGGAUCCCGCUGUAAAUGUCCAAAACAGAGAAGGUGAUAAACUCUGGCCAAGUGACAGGGAUAAAAAACAUGACAGAUUUCCUUCUUCAGGGGGAAAACCUCCGUUCUUCCAAGAGAAGAACCCACCCAAUCAAAAGCCUCAUUUUGGAAGCGACCGCGGCUUUAAGGGAUCCGGAGAUGUGGCUUCAGAUCAGGGAGCACAGAGAGAAGGUUUGAUAUCAGGUCUAAAGGAAUCUCAGAAUGGCAGAGCGGAACGACAGGAUCAGGAUUAUAGGGAUAUCGAUUACCGGACCAGUUCAGGGCGAAAAUAUGAGUACAAUCUUGAUGAUCUUCACAUGCCUGAAAAAGUUGAAAAGGAAUCCAAACUGGACCCACUUCAAAGACAAGAUGACUCUGGAUCUCAGGACCAGGAUUACAGGAGUGCUGGUGUCCAGGAUAAAGUCUCAAAAACCAUUGCUAUCUCUGGAAUUCCCAAAACUGCCACAAUGCAACAGAUUCUGAAUGCUUUUGCAGUCCGCGAUGGAGUGCCAAUGCAGGGCAUGAAAAUAAGGAACGUUGUGCCAGGUUACAGCUUCGAUACGGCCUAUGUGGAGUUUUUAAACCUCGAGGAUGCUGUCCACUUCAUGGAGUCCAACCAGGGAUCUGUUAAGGUUGGUGUCAAGACUGCUUUGCUCAAAUAUAUCCAGCCUGACAAAAACGCAAAAGAACAGCACCAUGAACAACAAGCUAAAGCUGCCCCGGUCAGCGAGGGAGGUUUGUUACCGAAUCCGGUCCCAUCAGUGCCACUGAAGGUGGAGGAGAACACCCCUUGCAUUCCUGAUCAGGACCAUGUUUCGCAGAGCGCGUGGCAGAGAAACUCGAAUUUGACUCCUGAAGCGUGGCAACAGCAAGUGGACCAACAACUACAAAAGCAGGAGGCGGAGCAACAAGCUGAAGACCGGACCCAUCAGAGAUCACCACAUCCAAACUCUUCAAUCUUCAAGGAGAGCAAGACAAUGAUCAUUAAGAACAUACUGCCUACCACAACCGUGGAGACCAUUCUGAAAGCACUGGAUCAGUACGCUUACCUCGAUGAGCGUAAUGUCCGUCUGGUUAAAGGGAAAUUACCAGGAUCCAAAUGCUUCUGCUUUGUCGAUAUGGACUCUCAUGAGCACGUAACGCGAUUGGUAGAGCUACUCACAAAUCCCCGGCCUAUCAUGAUCGACGGCGUCAGAGUAUAUGCUGAGGUGGCCAAGCCUUUGAAGAACCAGAACUACAAAAGGGAGAAUGAUAAACCAAAAACAUCUCUGCUGGGUUUCCCUCCAGAUGUUAUGAUGCAACAAUAUUUUCUUCAGCCACCCAACACAGCCGGUGUCGCACCUGCCAUGCAAGGGGGCCCAAUGGGAGUGGACAUCGGCUCAUCUUCAGCUGCAAUGCAGAACUCAAGCAUAACGCAGGGUAUGAUGUAUUCUGAGACACCAGCCUUAACACAGACGAUCCAGACAGCAGAGCACCAGACUACAGCUUUACCUAACCCCCCUCUCUCUGGAUCUGCAGAUUCCUCGGAUACAUAUAGCUAUGGAUCAGAGGAUCCAGAUUUGUCCGCCUUUCUUUAUGAUGCUACUUCUGGCUUCUACUAUGACCCUCAGACUACCUUGUACUAUGAUCCCAAUUCAAGGUAUUUCUACAAUGCUCAGAAUCAGCAGUAUCUGUACUGGGACACGACCUCUAAGAUUUACAUCCCAGUCGAAAGCUCGGAUGAACCGGCCCCUCAUGCUGCCAUUCCCAUGGCAGCUUUUGGUGAGGUUAUGGCCACGACCAUCACAGAGGAGGAAAUACAGACGGCUACAGGGACAAUGUCAGAGCGGGCAGAGGAAGAACCUGCCCCACGGACAGAAAAGAAAGAGAAGGAAAAAGAGGAGAAACCCAAAAGUUUAGCAGCAUUUAAGAUAAUGAAGGACAUGGAGCGCUGGGCGAAGAUUCAGAACAGUAAGAAGGAGAGCGUCCGAUCUCCUUCACCUGUUUUUAAGGCUGGAGAUGACCAUAGGCCCUCCAAGGCCGCUGAUGCAGCGUUUGCCAUCUUUGAAAGAAAGGUCACCGGUGCAGAUGACUUGUUCAAGAAACCUCUCGCCCCUCUAAAGAAAGACGAAAAGGCAUCAAAGAGGCCCAUGGGCUCUCUGGGAAUGUUGGCGGAUGACUAUGCGGCAGGCAGCGACGAUGAGGAAGACGAGAAACACGAGAAGCAGGAUGCCCCUCGGCCCUCCAAGAGCCAGCCGGAGAAGGAGGAGGACAGGUUGACGGACUGGAAGAAGAUGGCAUGUCUUCUGUGCAGGAGGCAGUUUCCUAAUAAAGACUCUCUGAUUCGCCAUCAGCAGCUCUCAGACCUGCACAAGCAAAAUAUGGAGAUUCACCUCAAAAUCAAAAGGUCAAAGAGAGAGCUUGAGGCUUUAGAAAACCAGGAAAAAGAGUUGAAAGUGAAGGAGACAAACAGUCCACCUGAAACAAAAAGAAAAAAGCAGUCACACACAUGGGCCGGCAGCUCAAGGGACACUCAUAAAGGCAGUGAAAGACCCGGUUUAGGUCUUGAAACUACUGAGCGGAAGAAAAAAGAACCUGUCGUCUGGAGUCACGCCACAUACAAACAGGCUGUUCGGAAGGCCAUGUUUGCACGUUUCAAUGAGCUGGACUGACUGUGAAAUUGUUAACAAAGGAAUUUGUGAAUACACACACAGUGGGGAAAAACUGUUGGCAGCUUAUUCCAGGCUUUUCUCUGUGAAGCGAUGUAGAUUCCUGCAAUUUUAUUUUGUGGAUUUGGUGACGUGUGCCUGUGUAAAAUUAAUUUACGUUUUCAAAGCAGCCAAACAUAUGUUUUUCUCUUAUGUGUAAUUUUGUAGCUCUAUUCUUCAGGGCUUUUAAUUUUUUUCCUAAUUUGACAUCGUUUUUUUUUAAUGUAGAGAGUUUGUAAUAUUUCAUUUGUCCAAUGACUUAAGGACCUUAAAUACAAAAACAUUACUGUGGUCAGUCAAUAAACGUCUCAUUGUGGCUGUCGAAGUAGUUUUGUAGUCUUGCUGAUUUUUAUCUUUUGUGUAUUUAACUUGAGGUAUUUUUGCUAAUUAAAUGGAAGUUUUAUUGCUU